CGGCGGAUGAUGGAGAAACGUAAACAGGCCGGACUGCUGACACUGCCGUACCACCCGCUCCCGGGGCCCAUGGGCGUGCCUGGGUCCCUGCCCCGCCUUCCCCUGCGGGACCCCUUCAGGGUUUCCUUGCGUCUGGACGCCGCGUGCUGGGAGCGGGAAACGGGCGGCUGCGCCCCGCGGCGGCCGUACUUGCCCCUGCCGCUGGACGGAGCCUUCGAGCCCGCCUUCCUCCGCAAGCGCAACGAACGCGAGCGGCAGCGGGUGCGCUGCGUGAACGAGGGCUACGCGCGCCUCCGAGCUCACUUGCCCCGCGAGCUGGCGGACAAGCGCCUCAGCAAAGUGGAGACGCUCCGCGCCGCCAUCCGUUACAUCAAGCACCUCCAGGAGCUGCUGGAGCGUCACGCGCGGGGGCAGGAGGGCGCGACCGGCGCCGGCCCCUCGCUCAGGGCCGAAUGCAACAGCGACGGCGAGUCCAAGGCCUCGUCGACGCCUUCGCCCAGCAGCGAGCCCGAGGAGGGGGCCUGUUAGCGAGCGCUGGGCCGGCCCGGACCCCUUCCGCUGCGCCGCGCUUUUGGAGUCUGCUCUAAGGUUCCCUCCGGAGGUGGUUUGCAUUUGCAAUCUGUUUUUUUUUUUUUUUUUUUUUUCUCCAGAACUAAAUCUUAGGAAAAAGAAAUGAGUGUUUUAGGGGGAAAGAAAGAUUUUGACAUUCUAGUUGUUUCCACCCCCUCCACCCCCCCCAAUAUUGGUUAUGUGCCUGCAACUGAAAGAUGCUUAUGAAAUUUUUCCUGUACUUCUCAAAGACAAACUGUACCAGACUCUGAACUCCUCAAAGGGCGAAAACAACGAGGAUUUGCCACAGUCAGCGGGGUGGGUAAAUUAGGGACGUAAAUACUGAAAGAAAUCCAACCUUAACCAAAGAAGAACUUUCCAAAACUAGCUAACUAACUAAAUAACAGCCCUUAAGAUGAGCGGAAGGUUUUUCCUGCAUUCCUUCAGUUGGGAAUUGAUGAGAAAUGUAAUUGACACCGUGCUUUGGAGGAAGGUGGCCCUAAGCUGACACCUGGGAACACGUUUGCCAGAGCACGCGGCCAGGCCAGCCUGUGCUGUUGACUAAGCGUGUGGAUGGCGGUGCUAGAAAAGACAUUCUAUAUUGGAAACAUCA